CCAGCAUUCCCGUCUACGCCGUACCCAGCAGCUCCUCCUCCUCCUCCUCAGCAUCGGCUGGCCCAUCAUCACACGCCUCAUCCGUUAGACAAGGCAAGCAGCGUGCAACCGACACCAGCCCACCACCUCCACCACCGCGGCACUACUACUACUCCUCACCACCAACAGAGUCCACCCGCCUUCUAGGCAACUCGCCCACCAUGGUGUCGUACGAGUCGAUCAAGCACAAGCUCAAGAAGAUCGGCGGCUUUGAGGACGACACUCCUCCCUCCAUCACUGUCACUCAGUACAUCAAGAACAACAAGCGCUCCAUCUUGCCCUCGAUCAAGGCCUACGUUCUCUCCCUCUUCCCCUUCCUUUCAUGGCUCCCUCGUUACAACCUCACCUGGCUCUAUGGUGACCUCGUCGCCGGUAUCACUGUCGGCAUGGUCCUGGUCCCUCAGUCCCUGUCCUAUGCCAAGCUGGCUCAGCUCCCUCCCGAGUAUGGUCUCUACUCGUCCUUCAUUGGUGUCUUGACCUACGCGCUGUUCGCCACGGCCAAGGAUGUCUCGAUUGGUCCCGUCGCUGUCAUGUCGCUCGAGACGGGUGUCAUCAUCAACGCCGUCCAGAAGGCCCACCCGGGCCUCUACACUGCCCCGGAGAUCGCCACUUGCCUGGCCUUCAUCUGUGGCUUCAUCGUCCUCGCCAUUGGUCUCCUCCGCAUCGGAUGGAUCAUCGAGUUCAUCCCCCAGCCAGCCGUCUCGGGUUUCAUGACCGGCUCGGCCCUCAACAUUGUCUCUGGCCAGGUCCCCGCCCUGCUCGGCACCUCCAAGCUCUUCGACACGCGUGCUGCCACUUACAAGGUCAUCAUCAACACGCUCAAGUACCUGCCCAAGGCCGGUCUUGACGCUGCCUUUGGUGUCUCGGCUCUCGCUCUUCUGUACUUUAUCAAGUGGUCGCUCGACUACGUCCAGAAGCGCAGCCCCAAGUGGCGCCGUGUCGCCUUCUUCGCCCAGGCGCUCCGCCACGCGUUCGUCAUCAUCAUCUUCACCAUCAUCUCGUGGCGCAUCAACAUCCACCUCAAGAAGCCCCGCAUCUCCCUCGUCGGCACCGUCCCCACCGGUCUCCGCCACGUCGGCCAGCCCAAGAUCACCAAGGAGCUCAUCGGUGCCCUCGGCAGCCACCUCCCCGUUGCCACCAUCAUUCUUCUCCUCGAGCACAUCUCCAUCUCCAAGUCGUUCGGUCGUCUUAACGGCUACAAGAUCAACCCCAACCAGGAGCUCAUCGCCAUCGGUGUCAACAACACUGUCGGCUCCGUCUUCCAGGCCUACCCCUCGACUGGCUCCUUCUCGCGCUCGGCCCUCAAGUCCAAGUGUGGUGUGCGUACCCCUGCUGCCGGUAUCCCCACUGGUAUCGUCGUCAUUGUUGCUCUGUACGCCGUCGCCCCCGCUUUCUACUGGAUUCCCAACGCCGCUCUCUCGGCUCUGAUCAUCCACGCCGUGGCCGACCUUGUCGCCUCGCCCGCCCAGUCGCUCGGCUUCUGGCGUGUCUCGCCCCUCGAGUACCUCAUCUUCGUCGGUGCCGUCAUAUGGUCGGUCUUCUACACCAUCGAGUCGGGUAUCUACUGGUCGCUCUGCUCUUCCGUCGUCCUCCUCCUCUUCCGCAUUGCCCGCCCCAAGGGCCACUUCCUUGGCCGCGUCCGCAUCCGCCCCGAGGGUGGCAAGCCCGACGAGGUCCGUGACGUCUUCGUCCCCCUCGAGGGCCGUGGCGGCGUUACCAACUCGGACAUCCCCGUCGAGGGCCCUCCCCCCGGUGUCAUCAUCUACCGCUUCGAGGAGUCGUUCCUUUACCCCAACGCCUCGUACAUCAACGACCGUCUUGUCAACUACGCCAAGGAGCACACUCGCCGCGGCAAGGACUACUCGACCAUCUCCAAGGGUGACCGCCCGUGGAACGACCCCGGACCCAAGAAGGGCGAGGAGCUUUCCGAGUCGGACAAGCACAAGCCUCUUCUCCGCGCCGUCAUCCUCGACUUCUCGGCCGUCGCCAACGCCGACACGACUGGUAUCCAGAACCUCGUCGACGCCCGCAAGGAGGUCGAGAAGUGGGCUGACCGCCACGUCGAGUUCCACUUCACUGGUAUCCUCUCGCCUUGGAUCCGUCGUGCGCUUAUUGCUGGUGGCUUUGGCCGCGCCCACGCCCAGGGCGUCUCGCACCCUCUCGAGGUCGCCCCCGUCUCGCGCUCGUACGGCUUCAACGGCAACGACGCCGACCCCGACCACCAGCGCCCCGUGCCCGACGUCGAGGCCGCCGGCUCGCGCGCCAACUCGGACACUGGCUCGGUCGACAAGGCCCUCGACGGCAAGGCCCUCAACGAGGGUGUCGCCGUCGCCACCCUCCGCGGCGACGACCCCAACGGCCGCAAGUCGACCCACUCGCUCACCCUCCUCGACCAGCACACGCCCUUCUUCCACUUUGACAUUGAGGAUGCGCUCAACUCGCUCAACCUCCCCGAAGCGGAGGUCCACUCGCAGCACCACGUGCUCGAGGACGAGUAA